AUGUCAGAAGGACCAAAACAAGCUGGAAAUAAACAAGCUGAUGAUAAACGACCAGAAGAUCCAUCUCAUCCAGGCAUGGCACCUGAUCCAGCUGAAAGAGGCAAACAACUCGGUCAUGAAAAUGCUCAAGGCGGUCAGUGUGUAGGCACAGGCGGACAUGGUACCAGCAGCGGUGGCAGUAAUCAACCUGUAGGUGGAAAAAAUGUAUCAGAUCCGUCUCAAUUCAGUGAAGAACAAUUACAUCCAGGCAUGAAUCCUGAUCCUGUUGCACGAGGCAAACAAUUAGGACAUGAAAAUGCUCAAGGAGGUCAUUCUGUAGGUACAGGUGGACAUGGACCAAGUGGAGCCAAUUUGGGCAAAUAA